GACCGGCUGGGAAUAGUGGCGCGCAUAUCGGAGUGCGUGGCCUCUCGGCACGCGAAUCUGCUCAACGUGGAUCUGCACAUCGACUUCGAGGCGCCCACGCCCAUCUUCUACUCCCGCAGCGAGUUCUCGUUUGACCCGGCGCGGUGGCCGCGGCAGCAGAUGCAGGAGGACUUUGCAGCGCUAGGCGCGGAGCUGGGCGCGGAGAGGUCAAACGUGCAUGUCAUGGCACAGGACAAGCGCCUGCGCAUGGCUGUGCUUGUGUCGCAGCAGGACCACUGCCUAGUGGAUCUACUGUAUCGCUGGCAGGAGGGGGUUCUCCCAGUGGACAUUCACUGCGUUAUCAGCAACCACCCGCGCAGUGAGAACACGCACGUGCGGCGCUUCCUGGACCGGCACGGCAUCCCCUUCCACCACCUGCCUGUGGACCCCAGCACGGGCAACAAGCGAGAGGAUGAUAUCUUGCACCUCGUGCAUGGCUCCAACACUGACUUCCUCGUGUUGGCUAGAUACAUGCAGGUGCUAUCACCCACGUUCCUCGCCUCGUACGGCAGAGACAUCAUCAACAUUCACCACGGCCUGCUGCCCUCCUUCAAAGGCGCCAACCCCUACCUCCAGGCGUUCAAGGCGGGUGUGAAGCUGAUUGGAGCAACCAGCCACUUUGUGACGGACGAGCUUGACUGCGGGCCCAUCAUUGAACAGCUGAGCCAGAGGGAGAGAGAGAGAGAGAGAGAGAGAGAGAGAGAGAGAGAGAGAGAGAGAGAGAGAGAGAGAGAGAGAGAGAGAGAGAGAGAGAGAGAGAGAGAGAGAGAGAGAGAGAGAGAGAGGACUUAG